AUGGACCCCAGCACCAUGGAACCCAGCACCGUGGACCCCUCCGGUGGCCCCCUCCUCGGUGUCUCCGUGUCCGACCUUGAGACCACGGCUACGAGCGUUGUCCGGGCCCUUAAAACCUCGUACCCUAACGUUAGAAUCGCUGUCAUCGGCGGGCUUGCUCGGAUUCACUACUGUGCGGCGGGCGUGUCACGCACGAUGUGGACAUCCUUAUCGACGAUACUGAGGACAAUAAGAGACUCAAGCAGCGCACCCGUGCCGCCGACGCCCGCGCUUUGCUUGAAAAGGCCACCACUGCCACCACACCACUCAACCUCACCGCAGUCCAGAAGGCUGCCGUAUGGAGUGGGAUUGACACCGUUCGAGAGAUGCGUCCGCCUAGCGAAGGGGCUUGGUAGUUCCAGCGGCUUGGUCUGCCGUGAGAACCACAAGCAGGUGGGCAGGCAGACGGGCGGGCAAACGGACAGGCAAACGGACAAGCAGGAGGACAGCGAUGCAGGCGAUGCGGGUAAUGAGGAGGGAAGGGAGAGCGUCGAAGAGAGGCGUCGAGGAAGCUGGUGA